AUGAAUUGCUGUGCAGGAGAUGCUGACCGAGGGGACGGCUGUGUGAUUGAGGCUGGCAGCCUUGACAAAAAAGCGCUGGCCAGCGGCCGACACCGACUGGCUCCGAUCCGGGUGAAGCAGCAGGGAGUGGGGGCCGCCGAUGGGCCCGGAUAUACUCUGGAGUGGAGACUUGCAGUGAACUUCGCCGUACGGUACUGUUACUGGAGGCAAGUCGCACGUCUCGCAUCGCUGGGCAGCCGUCCGUCAGCUGCCGCCCUCACCUCGCCCCGCGGUCUCGGCCUGCUCCUUGGGUCGACCCUUCGAGACCCUGAAUCUGACCCGACCGAGUCGCGAAGAUUUCUGAGGCAGCCUUCAGACCUGCCUUCUUCUUCUUUGUACGGCGCAUACACCUCCGAGUCGACCGCCGCUGCCCGCCACUUCUACCCGCGACAUACACAACAGCCUCCAACCUACAAGAUGGGUGGUGCCAACAGAGAAGGCAAGUCCAGCGGCAAGGUCAAGCCCCUCAAGGCCGCCAAGAAGGAGAAGAAGGACCUUGACGAGGACGACUUGGCUUACCUCGAGAAGAAGAGGGCCGAUGAGAAGGCACGCGCCGAGAUGGCAAAGAACGCCAAGGGCAAGGGACCGCUGAACACCGGCACCCAGGGCAUCAAGAAGAGUGGCAAGAAAUAG